AGGAAGGAAGGAAGGAGGGAGGGAGCGGGGCUGGCCGCAUGUCCGGGCCGCGGCGGGUGGCUCUGCUGGGACUCGGCCUGCUCCUGUCUAGGGCGGCGGCGGGACACUGUCCGGCCCGGCUCUGGCCGCCUCCCCGCGCCAUGCAGAGCGCCGCGCCCGGCCUGAAGUUCCUGGGGCAGAAAGAAGCCCAGGCCAUCGACCAGGAGCUCUUCGAGGAGUACAAAUUCAGCGUGGACCAGCUAAUGGAGCUGGCGGGCCUCAGCUGUGCCACGGCCAUUGCCAAGGCCUACCCAGCCAGCAGCUUCACCAUCAGCCAGCCAGCGGUGCUGAUCGUGUGCGGCCCUGGGAACAACGGCGGAGAUGGACUGGUUUGUGCCCGACACCUGAAAAUGUUUGGCUAUCAGCCGACCCUCCAUUACCCCAAACGACCCAACAAGCCACUUUUUGAAGGCUUAACCACCCAGUGUAAGAAGAUGGAGAUCCCAUUCCUCACAGAGUUCCCAUCUGAAGCUGCCCUCAUCGACGAGAUCUACGGCCUGGUGGUGGAUGCCGUCUUUGGGUUUAGCUUCCAGGGCGCCGUGCGGGAGCCUUUUGGUACCAUCCUGAGCACCUUGGAGAAGGUGACCAUCCCUGUGGUCAGCAUCGAUAUUCCUUCCGGCUGGGAUGUGGAGAAGGGGAAUCCUGACGGGCUGCAGCCGGACAUGCUGAUCUCGCUCACAGCCCCCAAGAAGGCGGCCCAGCACUUCCAGGGCCGCUACCAUUUCCUGGGGGGCCGCUUUGUGCCCGAGGCCCUGCAGAAGAAGUACGCACUCAACCUCCCGCCCUACCCA